CUUCUAUUAAUACACCUUCUAAUUCCCCUUGGUUUGAUGGAAAACCCAUCACCCCCUUUCUCUUCUCUCUCUCUCUCUCUCUCUAGUUUCUAUCUCAAGGAUAGCUCCAUGAGCAUCUUAAGCAUGGUGGAGGCUAAACUGCCUCCAGGAUUCCGGUUCCACCCAAGGGAUGAUGAGCUGAUAUGUGACUACCUUAUGAUGAAGGUCACCGGAGACUGCAGCGGGAGCUUCUGGGGCAGCCCGAUGAUGGUCGAUGUCGACCUCAACAAGUGUGAACCAUGGGAUCUCCCUGAAAUGGCUUGUGUUGCGGGGAAGGAGUGGUACUUCUUCAGUCUCCGAGACCGGAAAUAUGCAACCGGGCAGCGAACGAAUCGCGCAACGUCGUCGGGCUACUGGAAGGCCACCGGAAAAGAUAGGCUGGUAGCUCGAAAGGGAGUGCUUGUUGGGAUGAGGAAGACACUUGUUUUCUAUCAAGGAAGAGCUCCCAAGGGAAAGAAAACCGAGUGGGUCAUGCAUGAGUUCCGCAUGGAAGGACCUGGUGAUCUCACCAAGUUAUCCUUCAAGGGAGAUUGGGUCCUAUGUAGAGUGUUCUACAAGCAUAGGGGCUUCUCCACCAAGCCAAGCAUGGAGACAAGCUAUGAUGACACAGGCUCCUCCUCACUCCCAUCUCUCAUGGACACCUACAUCACCAUUGACCAAACCCCACAGAACUUGGAGGGGUUUGAGCAGGUGCCCUGCUUCUCCAGCUUUCCUCCAAGCCACACUUCCCAGCCCCCAGCAACCUUGGCCCCACACCUGCCCCUGGUGGAAGGAAGCCUGCCCUUAACCAAAGGCCUGGCCCAGUUGGGGGCCUUGCCUGAGUUGAGCUCUUGUCUCAACCCACUAUCCAGUGAUAGAAAUGUCAUAAAGGCGGUCCUAAACCAGCUCACCAAGCUGGAGGGCAAUCCAAUGGGGGAGGUACCACCAACUUUGGUCGACGGGAGUUUGUGGGGUUGCUUCCCUGAGACGGGUCUGCCCUCAUCUUGGAACCCUUUUUGAAUCCUAGGGAAGAUUGGUGAAGCUUGAGAGGUUAAGGUAUCUUCCAAUUAUAGUGAGUUACCUACUAAAUUAGUAUCAUAUUGUCUAUUCAUAUAUAUAUAUAUAUAUAUAAGGUGUGAGAUUGCUGAUGUUUUUCUGUCAUUGUCUAAGAACUUGUUUCCUAUAAUGGAGAGUUCUUAAUUUUUCUCCAAGUGAAUGCGCUUUAUGGGCAAUUUGAAAAAUUCGGCUAAUGCGACAAAAGAAAAGGGUGAGAUUGAUGAUUAUUGAUGACAAAGGUCUCUGGCUGGCUGGUAGACUCCAUCCCACACCAUGUGAAGAAGACUUGAUUUUGAUUCAGGGGGCAUUAGUCAUGUCUUUUGUUGCAGGUUGUGAGUCAAGUGCAAUGGAUCAUGCAGGUCGGCACAGUUGCGUGUGGUUACACAAGAUUUGGGGUGUGUUGGUUUUUGCAUGUGAAGUCAAUUUUAUGAGAUUGUGUAACACCGAAUCUCUUCCAUGAUAUUACUUGAUAUGGACUAUCAUUUUGGAGUGACAAUUUAAAUGAUAUUUUCCA